AUGGAUGCUUCAAGUUCGAAAAAGACAGAGAAAGAGAGUCCACAUGAAUCUGCCCCGCCUCCCCCAAUGAUCCUGAAGCGCUUCGAGAAAAGGUCUAGCGUCGCGUCGCACCCAGAAGUCCAGGUCCAAGUUCCCGCCGGCUGGAAAGUCAUUUCAGGCGGCGGCAUGGUCGAAUACGGUGGGGCUGGCGCUCUCCUGACGAAGUCGAUGCCGCUGGUGGUGGACGGGGUUCCUCGGGGUUGGAUGGCGGCGUCCAAGGAUCACCUGGUGGUGGAUCCGGGUUAUAUCACUGCUUAUGCCGUCGCAUUAUACGAUCCCACAAAUCUUUGGAAGGUGAUAGUCAACGAAACGGAGUUGGGAACGCCGCAGCAACAUCCGGUGGUCACGGUACAGCUCGAAGACAGUUACGCUUUGGUGGGAGGCGGCGCCUACGACAUGUAUGCGGAGCCAGGCAAUCUUCUCGUCGCAAGUCGACCCGGUGACGACGGGAAAUCCUGGAUAGCCGGCGGAAAGGACCAUUUAGUUGUGUCGCCAGCAAACAUUAAGGCCUAUGCAAUCGGACUGCGCAGCGUGCUCUUCGGGAAGCCAAACUGCUCUUUGAAGAGUGCCACGUCCGCCAUGGCACAACAUCCCUCUCAAACGAUUACGGCAUCUCCAGGACGUGUGAUUGUUGGAGGAGGAGCUGCCGUCAGCCGCGGUGGGGCGGGCAACAUGUUGGUGGGAUUGGUACCCUCCUGCAACGGAUCCAACUUCCAGGGAAUGGCGAAGGAUCACUUGGUCGUGGAUCCGCAGCAGCUGACAGUGUACGCUAUUGAAUGUACGAAUGUAGUAAUGUGAAAAUCAUUUUCCGAUGGCUUUACCUUUCUUCAACCCCAACCUUAACCUCCCCCCCCCCCCCCACCUUCUUCUCUACGAACUCACUAUCUCACUAACGUUACGCCUAGGCCUAACCGACGGACUGUCCUCGCGUCAGUCCUCGGCCUACUUUCUUCCGUCCAAAAGAAACUCAAUCGUCGACUUACUGAGCCAAUUAGGCGAAUUAUGAUUAAUUUCUGGUCUUCCAGACACCUUGUCAAAGACGUGUAACGUUAGGCCAAACGCAGGCCUAUUCAAUCUCUCAUGGCUCUUUCAGCGAUUAUAAGUUGAGAGAGUAAUAAGCAUGCCAAAUUUCGUUCAUGUUGAUGCUCUCAGAUAGGAACACGAGACGGUUGAAUUUUGUCGCGGGAAGGGGUUGAAGAGAGGUAAUAGUCAGCGCAACCGCGCCUAUUGAUGGUUAUUUCAGAGGAUGUUAAAUUUAGUCUCGACUGGGUUGGACAGAAAAACCCCCUGCUUCAGCACCAGUUAUGCAGAAAUUAUGCUAAUUUGCUAAUUAUGCUACUAGUCAUGCUAAUUUCAGUGGAUGUUAGGAUUAAUGCCCCCUGCUUCAGCACCAGUUAUGUAGAAAUUGAAUAAAUGCCAGACUUCUCCAUCAAAGUCAUCAAUAAAUCUGAAUAGUUGAAUA